GUCCAACAAAAGACUUUCUGAAACUCUCCGGCAAUUUAAAUUCAUUAUAAGUUGGAAUCUCCAAGCGACAUGUUGCAACUCAUACUUGUGCUGGGUCUAUACUUGCUUGCUACCGCAACCGGCUCAACCAUACCAACUCUUAUCGAAUCCGAUGCUGAAAACCGAACACCAUGCAAUGUGGAAAAUACGCAACGAAAUCUCGAAAUAUUGAAUUUGACUUUAAUGAGCACUAAUAACAAAUUGGAUAAUCCUGAAAACCGGUUCGAGCAAAUUUUCAACGAAAUGGACAAAUGGAAAAAUUCAAGUGAGAUAUCACUCUCGCGGGAUCGUAAUCAAUUCACACUUCAGUUUCAGAAAUCUGUGAAUGUAACGAAUGAUGAGCAUUGGGUCGAUCAUAGAGAUGAGGAGAAAAUCUAUUUUACGGACAUUUGGGAGAAUGAUGAACCAAAAGUCUGCAAAGUAAAUAAUUCGACCAAUCUUGUAUGUUCGAAACUAUCGCUCAGCGAAACCUGUGCCGAUUCGAAUGCCAUAAAUUGUCGCGGCAAUCAGUGUCGCAUCAAAAACCACAUCUAUGGACCCAAGUCAUUUUGGGUGACAUGCGAUGGCGAUUGGACAAUCAUACAGAGACGCAUGGACGGUUCCGUCGAUUUCCAACGCAACUGGCAGAGCUACAAGGAGGGCUUCGGCGAUUUGGAUGGUGAAUUUUGGCUGGGUUUGGAGAAAAUUCACUCGCUGACCGCUCUCUACGGCGGCACUGAACUCAUGAUUGAAAUGCAAGAUUUUGACAAUGUCUGGCGACAGGCCUAUUACGAGUCCUUUCGGGUGGGAAAUGAAACGACUAAAUAUCUUCUAGAGCGAAAGGGUAGCAUUCAAUCAACAGCAGGAGAUUCUUUCACAAUACACAGUGGUGAAAUGUUUUCCACCCAUGAUAGCGACAACGAUAAAAAUUCGGGCAAAAAUUGUGCCUCCGUCCUGAGGGGAGCGUGGUGGUAUUAUAAAUGCGAUUUGAGCCAGGAUAUAAGCAAUCUAAAUGGGUUCUAUUACAAUUUGAGUGUGGUUCCGGCAGAGAAGCCCGCUAGCGGCAUUGUCUGGAAAACCUUCCGUGGAGCAAGGUAUUCACUGAAAUUUGUCCAGAUGAAAAUCAGGCCCAAAAAGUUGUAAUUAAAAUUAUUUGAAAAAAAUAAA